AUGUCUCCAGAGGUGACGAUCGAAAUGAUAAAAGAUGCACCAACACAAGGGAUAUGCUUCAUUUUUAAGAAGUCGCUCAUUUCAUCAUUGAAACUCAAGGAUGUAUGGAAGCAUGUGAAGUGGCACAAUAAAAAGGCAAAUGAGAAAUCACAACACUACAACGCUAAUCAAGUUUAUGUAAUGGACAACACAUCUUGUCCUACGAAAAUGCAAGACAGAAAGGGAAAAAGCAUAGCGAAUUGCUCUAAGACUUAUCAAGAUCAAGAGGUUGGGCCUUUAAUAGAAAAAGAUGAGGCAAAAAGGUCUAAGAGAUUCAGAAGUACUAAUGAGGAGGCACAAGUUAAAUAUAGUGGUCCUUCAGAAAAAGAGGAGGAUCAUUCUUUGCUUUCGAAAAUAAGUACAGAAAGACCAGAAAAGAAAAGACGAAACCUAAAAUGGACAACAGAGCUUGAUAAGAAAUUAGAUAAGGUUGUUCGCGAGCUAGGAGACAAAGCUGGUCCUAAAAAUGUGCUGGAGAAGAUGUGUGUGCAGGAUUUGACUAUGGGAUGUCUCACCUACCGUCUAAAGAAAUACCGAUUCCAAAAACGACAAGCUUCGAAUGUUCAACCAGUUCCUUCAACGAACUUCAACGACGAACAACAUUCCAAUGUGUUGAAUUCAAGUAACUUCAAUGAAUCAUUUCAAGGAGCAGACAUACCUCAACCACCAGAAGUUCCUUUUGUAGCUUUACCAAGUUCAAAAGAUUCUUCUUUGAACGAGUGCGAUGAUUGGAUUAAUGAAUUUCUACAACUUGAUGAUUUUGAGCUGAAAUUAAGCUAG